AUGAGCAACUCCGAUCGGCUUGACUGGAAGUUGAAUGAUUUCGAUAUGGGAAUCAAGGACAUUGUGAUUGAGGCCCUUUCCAUUUACAAAGACAAAUUAAGAAUCGCUCAACACAUAAAAGAGUCCGCUGAUCACCUUUAUGGUGGACCUCAUCAUUGCAUAGUGGGCCGAAAUUUUGUCGGCUAUGGUACUCAAGAAAAGUGGAUGCAGUGUCGCAAGGGGGACUUGAAGAUUUAUCUCUACAAAUCCCCACGCCAUGCUGCGUAA